GCAAAAAACCCUUCUGACGACCGUCCAACGGGGCACUGUGACUGUGCGGUAUUCUUAAACAUGUUCUUUUCCAGAGCAGGUUUGACUGUACUUUGUUUGGUAUUUCUACUGGUGUUUGUGCCGCACACUUGUAGAAUCGCUGGAAAAAAGAAGAUAUUGAUCUUUCCUUAUACGAAUGUUUACAAUUCGAGGACCAUGAAUUUGGAGAAGAUCGCUGUCAUGUUGAAGGACCACGACUUCCACGUCACCAUGUUGGUCUCUCACCACUAUGCACCUAAAAGGAAUAUAGAUGGCGUCAACCUAAUCAGGUAUAAAAUACCUGAACUGCAGAUGAAUAAGGGGGGAGAAUUCGACUUGGACAGAUCACUACGUUACAUCGAGAAAGACGUGAUACCAUUGCUAAGGCAAGUAGAUGAGAUGGAUUUCGCAGUGUGUGAACAUCUUCUCAGUAGCAAUGGCAUUUUGGACAAACUGAGAGACGAAAAGUUUGAUCUGUUAUUUUUCGACUUUGUUAAUGUAUGCUCGGGUCCAAUUAUAUAUGAAUCAUUUGGUAUCCCAUCCAUUAUGUAUUCCAAUUUUGGGUUUAUGGAAACUUGGACUUUAUUCAAGCAGCCAACGUUUUACUCUUAUACACCGGGUAUAUACAGUUCCUUCUCCGAUAACAUGACAUUUUGGGAUAGAGUGCAAAACACUGAUAUGCUACUGGACUUGGAAAAGUGGGCCAGUGAUAGAAUAGACCAUAUUGAAAGAAUGAAGGCCAAGUACCUGCCAAACAACAACUGGCCACACGCUAAGCACUCGUUUGAACGAGUAUCUUUAAUUAUUGCCGCAAAUGUUAAUUUUGCUCUAGACUACCCGCGACCUGUCAUGCCCCACGUGAUACCAAUUUCUGGACUUCUUUGGACCCCGGCUAAGCCUUUGCCCAAAGAAUAUGAAAAUAUUGUAUCUGCUGCCCCUAAUGGAGUCAUCUUGGUAAGUUUUGGGACACUUGUGCCCACGUUCAGUAUUGAAAAGGCGGAGAUUUUGGCCAGAGUGUUUUCCAAACUUUCACAGACAGUAAUCUGGCGCUACCAAGGUGUUCCUCCCAAAUCUGUGGGUAAUAACACACAUUUAGUAGAAUGGCUGCCUCAAAAUGACCUUCUUGCCCAUCCUAACACCAAACUGUUCAUCACCCACUGUGGAGUAAGCAGCACGUGGGAGACACUGUACCAUGCAGUUCCCGUGGUUGCAAUUCCACUUCUUUGGGAUCAACACCACCAUGCAAGGAAAUUGAAGGAGCGCGCGAAAAUAAGUGAAACUGUAAACUUUGGUACCCUAAACGAGGAAGAAUUAGAAAGCACUAUUCUCAAGGUCGUAAGUGAUAAAUCGUAUAAAGAGAACGCGAUUAAGAUGUCUAAACUUCUACAAGACACCCCAAUGUCGGGACAGGAGGAACUGUUGUAUUGGAUUAAGUAUGUAAUACGACACAAUGGAACUCUUCACUUUCACUCUCAUGCUGCUUACGGUCUGAACUGGUAUCAGUAUUAUCUAUUGGAUGUCAUUUCAUACAAAGCUGCAGCGAGUUGUUUAUAUUAUUUAACUUGGCUUUUGCCUUUAGUCAUUGUCUGGAAAGUAUUUAGAUUUGUGUUCAUUCGUCUGAAAUGUCUGAUUGCAUUUUUGCACCCUUGAGAAGUGAAUUGAUUAGACAUAAGGCGUCAUUUUGAUAAAUUUAUUGAAAAACUCAUUAUCAGUACACGGGUAUUUAUACCAUUGUUUGCUGACAACUUAUUCACAGUAUGGCUCAAAUUUCA